AUGACUGAAGAAUUCAAGCUGUACCACUAUGAUCCAUCGGCUGGAGCUGCAAUCGCGUUUGCAACAGUCUUCGGCCUCACCACUGCGAUACACCUCUGGCAAUUGGGUCGAAGCCGAGCCUGGUAUUUCAUACCCUUCGUCAUCGGCGGUUCCUUUGAAGCGUUUGGAUAUCUAGCGCGGUAUGUCAGCGCAGAGGAAUCGCCGGAUUGGACGACCAAGCCGUACAUAGCCCAGAGUUUGAUGCUUCUUCUCGCACCGGCGUUCUUUGCUGCUUCUAUAUACAUGAUCCUUGGCCGCAUCAUACGUCUCUUGAACGGGGCCUCGUGUUCGCUUAUCAGGCCAUCAUGGUUAACCAAGAUAUUUGUGACGGGUGAUGUGUUGUCGUUUCUGAUGCAGAGUGGUGGAGGCGGUAUCAUAGCCACAGCGAAGGACAAGACCAAAGUCGACCUCGGAAACAACAUCAUCGUUGCCGGACUCUUUGUACAGAUCAUAUUUUUUGGCUUCUUCAUUGUUGUCUCUUUGGUCUUCCAUCGCCGCACGUUAGCUACACCCCUGCAUGCCGUAGGAGACAGUUCAAUUCGCUGGACUCGCUACAUGAUGGUCCUCUAUAUCGCCAGCACCCUGGUGAUGAUCCGAUCCAUAUACAGAGUGGCAGAAUAUGUCCAGGGCAGUGACGGGUUCCUCCAAAGCAAAGAGGCAUUCAUUUAUGUCUUCGAUACGAUGCUGAUGUUCAUUUGUUGUCUGUUCUUCAACUGGUUCCAUCCGAGCGGAAUCCUUUCGGGCUAUGAGAAACCUCUGGAAGACCCAGAUCUGGAGAUGUUGAAUCGUGAUCAAUAUACUGGAUACACGGGACAUGGUAGAUAUAACAAUGUUUAUUGA